UUAAGAGGAAAGUUAAAAUUAAUUCAAUUAAAAAUAAGCACAAAUGGAUCCACUACAGCUAGAGAAAAACAAACACCAGAUAUCCAGCGUAUCCACAGAGAGUCGUGCGAAACGGAUGUCUCCAGAAGGCUCAUUUCCAGGUUCUGUUUCCAUUUCUAGGCUCCAAAAUAUCUGCCGCCUAUGUCUGGAGGAGCCCCAUCCCAGGCAAAUGAUGGACAUGACCGUCAUAUACGACCACGAAGCGGAGUUAAGCUACUACGACUGCUAUGAGAUCUGCACCAAGGAAGAUUUGCGCCAGAGUCCAGGCCAGGUGCCCAAAAGCUUGUGCAGCCGCUGUGCCGUAGAGCUGCGGUGGGCCUAUGACUUCCACAAGAAGGUGGCCCAAGCCAAUCAGCAGUUGCGUGAAAUUUACGAGUUCGAAAACCCCGACGAAGGCAUGGAAGAAGAAGAACUAGAACCAAAGCCUGGUGAGGUGGUAGAAGAGAUGGUUGAGAUGAAUGAAGUGUACUUGCUUGAGGAUAUCGGAGAAGAGCAGGAACAGGAACAGGAUACCUUUCAGGAGGAGCUACAAACUGAGCAGGCUACCGGCGGUUUUACUAGCAAGAAGAAAACAUCUUCCCACCAGCGCCAUAAGGGUAAAUUCAACUGUCAUUUCUGCCAAAAGGAGUUCCAGAAUCAUUCCCGCAUGGUUAAACACCAGGCGAUUCACUUGACCGACCGGCCGAAAUUUAAGUGCUACCACUGCAACAGGUCCUACCUGACCAGGCAGGCUCUCAAGGUGCAUGCGGACGCCAAGCACAUGCAGUCUGGAGUUGCCUGUGACAUCUGCGGCAAGGUCUUUUCUAUAGCCAAAUCUUUGGAGAUCCACAAAAGAUAUCACAGCAAGGACUUUCCCUUUGCCUGUGAUCUCUGCGAUCGAAGAUUCGCCCAGCGCUCGCACCUGAGCAUCCAUCGGCAGGUGAAGCACACAGGAUUUCGGUUCAUUUGCGAGCACCGCGACUGCCAGAAGUCGUUUACCUCUUCAGACUCAUUGAGGAAUCACGAGUACACGCAUACGGCGAUGCCAUUCGAGUGUUCCGACUGCCAGCAAAGUUUCCCAGCUCGUACCAAGCUGCGAGUGCAUCUAGAACGAAAGCACAAGAAGCAAGUUGUUGUAGAAGAGCUGGAACGGAUGCGCAAGUUUCGCACUUCGCGUUCCAAACUUGUCCUGGCGAAGAUUGAUGAAGAGGAAUGCUAGUAUGAGGCUUUAAGUUAUUCAAAUUUAUACUAAUUACAGUAAGAGCUUAUAACAAUUUAAAGGAGGUUUCCGGGGGUAAGAAUUAAUUGAAUAAGCUAAAAUAUUAUAAGGAAAAAAG